AUGCAUAGCGCUCUGAAUCGACUCCAAUCGACCUUCGGGUAUUUUACAAGCUGCGCCUUUACCCUCGCUUGCAUUAUCGCCGUCCUCUCGAUAAUACCCUUCCCUGCUCCGACGGGCUCGCCCAGCGCCUCAAUAUCAGUUCGAAACGUCCAGGUCGUGAAAGGCCGCCCGCACUAUUACUCUCCCAAACGCGAAGAGUACGCUCAAAUUAGAUUCGAUCUUGAGGCCGAUCUAUCCAGCCUAUUUACAUGGAAUACGAAGCAGCUGUUUGUCUAUGUCACGGCCAACUACCCUGGCGGAAAGGGUGACACCCGGGGGAUGUCUGAAGCUGUCAUUUGGGAUACCAUCAUCACCGCAACACCCACCCCAUGGUCCUGGCAGAAUCUGAAGCAAGCCUAUUUUCCCGAGAAGAAGUCAAAAUCCAAGAGCAGGAAGAACUCAAACACAAAAUCCAAGACGAAGGAUCUGGUCAAGCCAGGCGUGAUUUCCUUGAAGAACCAGAAACCAAAAUAUCAAAUCACUGACCCCAGCGGUGUUAUCAGUGAGAGGAGCAAUGCUACCCUGCAAGUCAGUUGGAACGUGCAGCCUUGGGUCGGCGCUCUGGUGUGGGACAAAGGAUAUCUGGGCGACAGAAUCGGCAAAUGGGCACCUGGCGGUGUGGGAACAAGUGAGACCUUCGAGUUUCCUCCUUUGAAGGGGGCAAAAACAGAUAUUGUCAAAGACACUGAAGGACCGAGAACUCCAAAAGCUGGAUCAGCCUCUCCGGUUGUCGAGAUAUAA